GAAAUAAUGUUAUGAGGACAAUCCAUGGUGUCGGAGAGAUGAUGACCCAAAUGGUGUUGAGCAGAGGAUCUAUAUUUCCUAUCAGUGCCCCUGAUGUACAGCCAAGCAUCCACCCCAGCAAGCAACCCAGCCCCUCAGAGAGCGAAGAUGUGAUCGUAAUGGAUACAAAAUUGAAAAUCAUUGAGAUUUUGCAGUUUAUUCUCAGUGUUAGACUGGACUAUAGAAUAUCCUACAUGCUGUCCAUCUAUAAGAGAGAGUUUGGGGAAAACAACGAGAGUGUUGAUAGCUCUACAACCUCCCCGCCUGACACACCAGGGAUUGCCUCAGCAAUUGUUCCUGACAUAGAUGAAAUUGCGGCUCAGGCUGAAACCAUGUUUGCUGGCAGAAAAGAAAAAAAUGCUGUGCAGCUUGAUGAUGAAGGAGGCAGAACUUUUUUACGGGUCCUCAUUCACCUCAUCAUGCAUGACUACCCUCCUCUGCUCUCAGGUGCUUUGCAUCUGCUGUUCAAGCACUUCAGCCAGCGAGCAGAAGUCCUGCAAGCAUUUAAACAGGUUCAGUUGCUGGUGUCUAAUCAAGAUGUGGAUAACUACAAGCAAAUCAAGGCUGAUCUUGAUCAGCUACGUCUAACGGUAGAAAAAUCGGAGCUGUGGGUUGAGAAGAGCAGCAGUUAUGAGAGCGGAGAGGCAGGCGACAAUCAGACCAAAGGGGGAGAAGAACCAAUAGAGGAGUCAAAUAUUCUGAGUCCAAUACAGGAUGGGACCAAAAAACCACAGAUAGACAGCAAUAAAAGCAAUAACUACAAGAUUGUGAAGGAGAUUUUGAUUCGACUCAGCAAACUCUGUGUUCAGAAUAAGAAGUGUCGGAAUCAACAGCAACGGUUGCUGAAAAACAUGGGCGCCCACUUGGUGGUCUUGGACCUUCUGCAGAUACCCUACGAAAAGAGUGAUGAGAAGAUGAAUGAAGUUAUGAAUCUAGCCCAUACUUUUCUUCAGAAUUUCUGUCGAGGAAAUCCUCAAAAUCAAGUGCUUCUCCACAAAAAUCUAAAUUUAUUCUUAACUCCAGGACUCCUGGAAGCUGAAACCAUGCGCCACAUCUUCAUGAAUAAUUACCUUCUGUGCAAUGAAAUCAGUGAGAGGGUGGUGCAGCACUUCGUGCACUGCAUUGAGACCCAUGGCCGUCACGUGGAAUACCUGCGGUUCCUGCAGACCAUCGUAAAAGCCGAUGGCAAAUACGUGAAGAAAUGCCAGGACAUGGUAAUGACCGAGCUGAUUAAUGGUGGUGAAGAUGUGCUGAUAUUCUACAACGACAGAGCAUCCUUUCCCGUCCUGCUCCAAAUGAUGUGCUCGGAGCGGGAUCGAGCGGACGAGAGCGGCCCCUUGGCCUAUCACGUUACGCUCGUGGAGCUGCUGGCGGCUUGCACCGAGGGCAAGAACGUGUACACGGAGAUCAAGUGCAACUCCCUCCUGCCGCUCGAUGACAUCGUGAGAGUGGUGACCCACGAUGACUGCAUCCCCGAGGUGAAAAUUGCCUAUGUUAAUUUUGUUAACCACUGUUAUGUAGACACUGAAGUGGAAAUGAAAGAAAUCUAUGCCAGUAACCAUAUUUGGAAAUUAUUUGAGAACUUCCUUGUUGAUAUGGCAAGG